AUGAACGAUCUCUUUUCCGGCUCCUUCUCUCGCUUUCGCAGCGAAGCAGCCUCCCCAGAUCACCAUGUAAUUCAGAUGUCCGAAGCGCCAUCCGCCGGCGGGGUUAACCUUGACAGAUUUUUUGAAGAUGUAGAGUCGAUCAAAGAUGAGCUGAAAGAGCUAGAGAGGCUUAAUGAGAAUCUUCAGUCUUCACAUGAGCAAAGUAAGACUCUGCACAACGCUAGGGCUGUCAAGGACUUGAGGUCCAAGAUGGAUGCUGAUGUUGCUCUGGCGUUGAAGAAGGCAAAGCUGAUCAAGGUCCGGCUAGAGGCCUUGGACCGGUCUAAUGCAGCGAACCGGAGUCUUCCUGGGUGUGGACCGGGGUCUUCUUCGGAUAGAACUAGGACUUCGGUGGUGAAUGGGUUGAGGAAGAAGUUGAAGGAUUUGAUGGAGAGUUUUAAUGGGUUGAGACAGAAGAUAUCGACGGAGUAUAGAGAGACGGUACAGAGGAGGUAUUUUACUGUGACUGGUGAAAAUCCUGAAGAGAAGACCAUUGAUAUGUUGAUCUCUACAGGUGAGAGCGAGACAUUUCUCCAGAAAGCAAUUCAACAACAGGGGAGAGGCAGGGUAUUGGACACUAUAAAUGAAAUUCAGGAAAGGCAUGAUGCUGUGAAAGAUUUGGAAAACAAUCUAAGGGAGCUCCACCAAGUGUUUACGGACAUGGCAGUAUUGGUUCAACAUCAAGGUGAACAAUUGGAUGACAUUCAGAGCAAUGUGGAAAGAGCUAAUUCUUUCGUGCGGGGAGGCACCCAGCAGCUGGGUACAGCCAGGAAACUGCAGAAAAAUACCAGGAAAUGGACUUGUUAUGCCAUUAUUAUAUUGCUGGUCAUCAUCUUAUUCGUGGUGCUAUUCACUGUGAGGCCAUGGGAGAACAAGAAGUGA